UGAGGCUGAGACAGCAGAAGGUGCUGCUGUUCUCCCACUGACAGAGCCCCAAAAAUUCAAGAAUCCCCAAAAUAAACAGUUCUCCAGGAUCUAGUUUCAACGUCUUGUUUCAAGGAGGCUCCUCAGGAGAAAAGCAAGAAAGAGACUCACUGAGAGAGAGAGAACACUGCUUUGCCUUUUUUGUUAUUGCACUUCAGUAUUUUCUGCAAUGUCUCUGGAAGGUGAUGUCUGUGUGGUGACGGGAGCCUGUGGAUUCCUGGGGAAGAGGCUGGUCAAGCUGCUGCUGGAGGAGGAGAAGGCAGCUGAGAUCCGGCUGCUGGACAGAGACGUGCAGCCGCACGUUUUACAAAGUCUGGAGGAUUGCAGAGGCGAGACAAUACUGAGUGUGUUCGAGGGGGACAUCAGAGAUGGGAACUUCUUGAGAAAAGCCUUACGUGGUGCAUCAACUGUCUUCCACAUCGCUUCCCUCAUUGAUGUUACCGAGUCAGUGGAGUACAAUGAGAUGUACGGAGUCAACGUCCAUGGAACUCAGCUGCUUUUGGAGGCAUGUAUCCAGGAGAACGUGGCAUAUUUCAUCUACACCAGCACGAUGGAAGUGAUGGGGCCAAACCCCAGAGGAGAGCCGAUAAUAAACGGCACAGAAGACACAGUUUAUGACACAAUUCUCAAGUUCAACUACAGCAAGACCAAAAAGGAGGCCGAGCAAAGGACCCUUCAGGCUAAUGGCGAGAUGCUCCAAAACGGAGGCCGACUCUCCACAUGUGCCCUCAGGCCUAUGUACAUCUAUGGGGAUGGCUGCCGUUUCCUGUUGUACCAUAUGGGUAAUGGGAUACGAAACAAGAAUGUUCUCUUUCGCACGUCUGUACCAGAGGCCCACGUGAAUCCAGUCUAUGUGGGCAACGUAGCCUUCGCUCACCUCCAGGCAGCUCGCAUUCUAAAAGAUCCACAAAAUAGAAACAUCAUCGGAGGGAAGUUUUACUUUAUUUCUGAUGACACCCCACCUAUGAGCUAUUCAGACUUCAACCAUGUUUUGAUGUCCCCUCUUGGCUUCGGCAUUCAGGACAAACUCCUGCUGCCUCUCUGCAUCUUCUACAUAUUGUGUUUUCUCCUAGAGGUACUCUGCACGAUACUCAGACCGUUCGUUCGCAUUGUGCCGCCUAUGAACCGGCAGCUGCUCACCUUGUUGAACACCACCUUUACCUUCUCCUAUCAGAAAGCUAAGAAGGACCUGGGGUACGUUCCUCGCUACAGCUGGGAGGAAGCACGCAAACACACCACAGAAUGGCUCGCUUCACAGCUGCCAAUGGAGAGGGCAAAAAUCAUGUCCAGUUAAUUAAUUACAGUCUUAAAACAGAAAAAUAUGUUUGAGAGUAACACACAUUUUGAAGCACGGUAUGGAGAAGUUGCUCAGAAAUAAUAAAUUACAUCUGGCUUUUUUUAAAUAGGCAGUGUUACAAAUUAACUCAUGCAGGAUCUUCAACAAUUAUUGGCACCUCUUGCAAAGAUGAAAACAAAAGCUUUGUUAUAAAUUGUUAAGGAGAAGUGGUGACCUCUACGAUGCAGUGAUCUUUGGACAUUUCUUUCUUUCCAUACUAUCUUCCCCAACGUCCUUGGAGUUGUUAUCCAGCAUUGUUUCUGUUGUUUUUAAUUAUUACUUUUAGGGAUUAUUACUUUUAGACUUGGCAGGCCCCAGCGCAUAGUGAGGGUCUGCUGGGAACAUCUGGCGGAGCCCUCGGCCAGGGAUGUAUUCAACUCCCACCUCCGGGAGAGCUUUGACCAGAUUCCGGGGGAUGUUGGAGACAUAGAGUCCGAGUGGA